CGAGGAUUAGCUGCUUGUGUGGUAGAGCUAAAAGUAGCUGAUAUGUUUGCUCCACGGCGGUGUGGAUUGAGAUAUGAUCCUCCAACGCUUGUGCUUGACUAUGUGAUUGUUUCGACUGGGAAAUUGAGACGACGAGCGAUGCCGUUGAAAGAUUUCAAGGAGGGUCUUAUUAGUGUGGAGGAACUUACUGCACAAAUUAAGAAAUCCAAACAUGCUAUGUAUUUGGAGAACGUGUCAUCGAAGCAGCUUCAGCGAUUGCUCGAACGUCUGAAGUCACAUGUAGGAAAACAAGAUGCCCCAUCUGAGCGUGAGCAAGCACAAGGAGACUCUGGAUCUUCAUUGCCUAAUUCUCCAUCUCCCGUCGGUGGGCAUCAGAUAAAUCUAGAACUUGACCUCAACAAGCUCUCAGACUCCGAGUUAGAGAAACAUAAAGCAGCAAUGGAAGUUCUCUUUGAAGCAAAUCGGAAACGACCAGAUGAUGACGGUUUUGUCUAUGACGUGGAAGUAGAUUUUAACAAGGAAGGAAGGAUGGAGUCAGGCUGGGACAACGAAGACAAUGAUGAGGAUGACGAGUUUUAAAAUCGUAUGUGAAGUGACACGUACCCCUAAGUGUACAAAUAGCAACUAUUUUAUUAUACAUUACAAUGUAGCUUAACAGAUUUUCACAGUAUAUAUGUAGAGUGACUUGCUACUUUACUACCUGGCAAGCCUAUUCUAUACAAUAUGUUUAUAUGUAUGGUUCUCUCUCA